AUGUUCUCAUGUGUUCACUGGCUUCAGCCUUUCCUUGCCUUGCUCUCCUCUACCUUAAUAACUUGGGGCUACAAUUGCCCUUCCAGCUGUCUAUGUCCAGACCAUCAUACCGUGGAUUGUGCCGGACAAGGACUCACCCGUUUACCAGAUUCCAUUCCUCUUGACGUACGGAGGCUCCUUCUCUCUGACAACUGGAUCCCCUGGAUCCCUUCCGAUUUCCUUGUUCUCUACAGCGAUCUAGUCUACUUGGACCUAAGGAAUAACAGCUUAACUAGACUGGAACCUGGGACCCUGAGUACCUCGUCCAGACUGGUCUAUCUGGACUUGGGUAGCAACAACUUGACGGAGAUCCCCUCUGGGACAUUUGGGGAAUCCCGGAGUCUAAUUAAGCUACGCCUGGGCAACAACCCACAUCUAAGCAUGGUGGGUGAAGAUGCUUUCUCUGGCCUCACUUCCCUUCGAGAGUUGGAGUUGGAAAGGAAUGCUCUCUCUGGCUUAGAUGUUGGGGUGUUGAAUCAACUGCCUUCCUUGCGAGUGUUACGCCUAGAGGGGAACCCCUGGAUUUGCAACUGUAAUUUUGCCAAAUUGUUUCUGUGGCUGAUGGAAAAUCGCCAGAAGCUUCCAAAUGGACUGGAGGGCAUGGAGUGCUCCCUCCCCGUGGACGGGAGACGGGUGUCAUUGAGCAUGUUAUCUGAGGACAGUUUCAGAGAGUGCAGGGGGAUGCUUACUCUCACGGACUAUCUCAUUGUCAUUUUCUCCGGAAUCUGCAUUUCAGUAGCUGCCAUCAUAGCCAGCUUUUUCUUGGCCUCCACAAUUCACUGUUUCCAGCGCUGGAGCAAAGCCAACCGGACAGACGAGGAAGAGGGGGAUGACUGA